AUGGAACUAUUUCGGCAACAUCCUUUGGCAAUAAUACAAUAUAUUUGUAUAUCAUCGAAUGAUGGUCAAAAUACACCAAGAACAACAACAACAACAGCAAACAUCCGGUCCACUUAUUAUAUACAAAUCAUUUUCAAAAAAGUUUUAAACAAGAAGAUAUGGUUUUUAGAUACAGUCACUGGUGACGAAUGCAAUUAUCAUGUAACGAGAAAUGACAUGGCAUGGAACGAAUUUGUCAAAAAAAAUCGUAAUUUUAUAGAAAUUGGCGAAUUUCUAUCAAAUAAAAUUCGUUCACGGCCUGGAUCAGCAAAAGACAACGAUGUUAUUGAGACGAUGGAAAUUGUUGACUUAUGUACACCAACAGUUGUCAUCGACCAAACAUCUACUGCUGUUGAAAUGAAACAACGAUUUUUAAAUCUUGAUCGACGAUUAUGUAUUUUGCCAUGCUAUCCAACUUAUAAUGCUAAACGAGAUGAAGGUCAACCAUUAUUAGCUAAUAUUCCACAAUAUCAAUUAACUUCAACGGAAUUAUCAUGUCGACGUUCGGGUGCUUUUAAACCAGCCUGUACGAUUGUGAAUAGUCAAUCAAAUAUGCCAUCAUUUUUAAGAGAAAAAUUCAAUAUGUUUUUUGGUGAUUUACUUGAACGAUUAAAAGUUGAUUUAUCUAUUUUGGAUUACAACUAUACACGUCUUAAUAAAUUUAUGAAAAUGUUAGCUUAUGAACAAAUACGUGCUUUUAAUUUACAACCAAAUGCAAUACCUGAAAUCGAAGAAAAAGAAUAUCCAGUUGUAUUAGAAUUUUUUUUACAAUUUGAUGGUGAUUAUAUUUUUUUUUUAUAUUAUUCUAGUAUAUAUUUUAUGCAUAUCUUUUUAGUGAAUAUGUUCUAUAUGAAAACAUGUUCAUUUCGUUAUGCUCGACCACGUACAUUAAAUGAAGGUCUUUUUUGUGUACAAGAACCAGAAGCUCGAUAUGAAUUGGCCGCCUGUGGAAAUUGUGCACUCUGUUAUCCACAAUAUGAUAUGACCUAUCGAACAAAAAAAUCAGUCGUUGAAUUUAGUCGCGCACAUAAACAUACUUUUCUUAAUGGAUAUCAAGCUAUACUCAAUUGUUCAGCAUCAUGUCAUACAUCGAAUAUUAUCUAUGCCUUAACUUGUUCAUGUGGUAAAUUCGAAUAUAUUGGUACAACUGCCAAUACUUUACAUGAUCGUUUAAUAAAACAUCGUGAACAUGGAAAUCGGAUUAUGCAUGAAUUUUUAAUAGGACAAACAAAUAUUCUACGAGAACUUACAAGAGGAAAACCGACCGAAAUUUUAGUAAAAGAUCGUAUGAAACUCUAUCAACAUUCAGCAAGAUGUCCAGCGGCCAUGCAAAUAUUUCUCGAUGCGAAUCCACAAUAUUGGCGAUUUGUUCCAAUGACAUUAGAAGAAUCAGAAAGACCUGAACAACAACUAGUACAAACACUUGCGAUUUCUGAUGAACCGAGUCAUCAUGCACGAACAAGACGUGACUGUGAAAUUUGUGUUGAUGCUGUACCAAAACCAUCGAAAGGAUUCACCUUCUCAAAACGACAAAUCAUGUUACAAACACAAUUUUUUCAUAAGUUACAAGAUAAAACAUUGCCAAAUCAAAAUAUUGAUUUAUACAAUGCUACAAUUGUUGCUGUUUUACCUGAAACUACGACUGAUAUGUUUCGUUAUACCAUUGAAUCCUUAUUUAUCACAUAUGCUGAAACAAAUCUGAAUACAAUUGGUAAUGUUUUAAAUGAUCAUCAAAAUAUGGAACAAUAUCCAAUGAAUGAUCCUUGAUAUCGACGUCUAUUUAUAAAUAUGUCUUCAUCACACAAUCGUUCUUCAAGUACACGUUCAUCUCGACCUACACAAACGGUGGCACCCUUAGAUAUUCAACGAUCAGCUAGUGUUCCCAAUCGUCAAUUUAUUUUCAUACUUACCAAUAAUCCUGAAUUAUUACGACAAACUCGUCGAUUUCAACCUCAAAUACAACAAAAUACACAAAGAUCAGCAAGUGCUGCUCCAAAUGGUAGAUCCACAAAUACUAAUAGCAAUAACAAUAAUCGUGAACAAUUAUUGGAAAAUUUAUUACGUGUCGAAUUAAGAGGCGCUGCACAUGAUUAUCUUACUCGAACCCGUCGAGCAUAUCCAUUAAAUUAUGUUUUUGAUAUGUCCGAUAUUGAUACAAACGAACAGCGAGAGUAA